UCACAAUCCCGUCUUUAUAAACAAGACACAUAUGGCCUGGUUUGAAUAAUCUCCUUAUAGAUUACGCCAAUAUUAUAUGACCAAGUCCAACGUUCUGGGCCUUGUGGCUGACCUCGAGGGGGAAGAGGGGGACACGGCUCACGGCAUGCAACAGUACAAGGGAUGCGUAUGGGAUGCAAAUCAGUGGCAAUAAGAUUUGACAAGUGCACAGAGAACACCGUAGUAAGAUUUGCCAAACUCUCCACUCCAAGCUGUCGGUUUCACGAAAGAGAAAUGGCUGGGGUUAGCGUGUGGUAAAAUCAGAUAUCGCCCACCACCUGCUCGAUGCUUUGUUCCUGUGAACUCCCACUCUUCUCUAUUUAGCUCUAAUCAUGGCAUUGUUUUUCUUGAGGAGAAGCACCGCCUUUGCAUCCACGGUGAAUUCUCGUUUCCUUUCAGGGCCGUAUAGAUUUUGCACAACUAUCCUUGAUAAGGAGAACGAAGCGCCCAGACAUUCGGUACCAGCUACCAACCAUUCCAAUAGACUUCAUCUCUCUCCAUUACUCUCCGACAUCAAACCCGAUUCGGGUGGUUACGAUAUCGAGCUUGUGGACCAUGAUACUUGGCAAGUCUCGUCGAGUUUGGCACAAGCAUGGCGAGGAACGGAGGGGGCCUCGUUGGGAACAAUUUCUCAUGCGGAGGAAGUUGUUGAUGAGACGGUUGAUUAUAGUUCCUCACAAGUUGAGAGUGAUCCGGAUUUUGAUGACAUAGAUAAUAUGAGAAUUCGCGGCAAUCUAUUCUUCAAACUUGACCGGGACUCCAAGGAAUUUGAAGAGUACAGUUUUGAUUUUCAUCGGAGGAAAUCUUCAAAGAAAAAGGAUGAUAAAAAAGAAAGCAAAAAGUUGGACAAGACGGACAACAACCCAGCUCGUAGUUCGGCCUCUAGAUUUGAAAACCUUCCAAAGGUUUUGAAUAACAAAUUUUCUAUGUCUCAUGUUGCUGAUACGGACAGUCUUUGUGUUGGGAAGAAGAAGCUGAGAACUCCUACUUUUAAUCAGCUUACGGGUCCUUACCAUGAGCCCUUUUGCCUGGACAUUUACAUAUCCAAGGCUUCUGUUCGUGCCUGUGUUGUUCACCGCCUGACGAGUAAGGUUGUUGCUGUGGCGCAUUCCAUUUCUAAGGAUAUGAAGUUUGACCUGGCUUCGACAAGGAAUGCCACUGCUUGUGCUGCUGUGGGGGCAGUUCUGGCUCAGAGAACAUUGGCUGAUGAUAUUCACGAUGUGGUUUACACGCCAAGGAAGGGUGAGAGGUUGGAGGGGAAGCUUCAGAUUGUGCUUCAGUCUAUCAUUGAUAAUGGCGUUAAUGUGAAGGAGCUAUUAGAAAUUGAUGGGGUUCACUUCAUGCCAGUGCAGAGCAAUGGAAACAAAUUCCACACAAUUUAGGCAGCUAAAAAACAUAAAUAUUGUGCCGGGAAAUGAAUGCAUAUUUUACAAAGAAAACCUACUUCUUCCCUUUGCUGAGAAGACAAUGAGCUCAUGACAAUACUACUUCAGUUCACCUCUCUCUGCUAUGCAAUUAAACGCCUAUUGAGAGGUAUUAUUUAUCAGAUGGUUGUCACAUAUUUCAAUAGCAUGAGCAGUUUUUAUGAUCAGGAUUGUCCUGCAUCAUCUCUUUGUACAAUUAGUUGCUGUUGUUUGAUUAGUUCUUUGUAAUGUAUGAAUAAAAAUCAGAUAUUUUUCUUCC